CCAUAUUUUUUUAUUUUAUGAAAUUACCUAAUUCAAUUUGUUUUGCUGCUUCUCUCUACUUGACUAACACAGCCAUAAUUCAAAUGAAGCGGUGCUCACAAAUCUUUAACUUUCGCUUCGUUAUUCACCAUCAGUAGCUGGGCUCGGGCAUUUGAAUUUUAGGUAAGAAGGUGAACCAUUAUGUAUUUGAAAACGAUUAGGCGAUUUCGAAAAAUUGUGAGUAUUAGGUGGAUUUGAAGACGAUUAGGCGAUCUAGAAUGCUUGUUUGAUUUUCUAUCAUGCAUUCAACAGAACCUGUGAACUAUAUACCGAAAUGACAUUCUGAAUUCAAAGUAGGGUUGUAAGCUCUGAUGGUCUACUCCUCUUUUUGAUUCUGCUCGAGCUAGUUUAUGUCCUAGAGCAUCCAUUAUUCAGCUAUGUCGAAAUCUGUUCUGCUAUAGAUGAAUUAAAUUAUGUGUAGGAUAUGUUCUUUCUCGUUGGUGAUGUUAACUCUUGCAUUCACCUAAAGUCAUAAUGUUAGGACUGGUGUAUUUUUUAAGUAUGUUCGUAAAUUCUAAAGAGUGUUUCUAUAUCAUUAUGUGGAAGAAUCGGUUUUCCAGCAUAUGGUCUUCUUAUUUGUAAAAUAUAAAUGUAUGAGUCAAAUACGUAGAAAACACAUCAGUAGGGAUUUUACUUGAGCUGAAUAUUAUGUUAAUGUUGUUUUAGAGUACUUUUCUUUUUCAUGUGGUAGAAAAAAUACUUUAUUUUUAUGGGUAGAAAUGGUACUUUACUUCCCAUAUUAAUAAAAGGGUACUUUCUUUUGUGUUGCAUUAUUCUAAUGAGGUGCUGAUCAUUUUUUUUUAUGUGGAAGAAGAAGUUUGUCACUGCACAUUCCUUUUAGAUGUCAAAAGGGAUGAGUCUUACCUAGGUUAUUAAUAAAAAUGCACUGAUCGUUAGCUUAUGCCAUGUUAGUAAGAUCCAUUUUUUAAAUUCUAGUUGUGAAGCCGGAAUCUUGUUGUUUAGUGUGCUGCAUCUAAAGGUUCUAGACCAAAAGUUAUUUUUCACUUCAUAUGUCGCAAAUUUAGACUUGUGCUUGUACAACUGGAAAGUAGAAGCCAUGACUCUAAGUUUAUUGUUCUAUUUUUUUAAUGUAUUGUCUGUUGCAUGCUGCCUUAAAUUUUAUAUACUUUAGUAUCCAGAAUUAAUUGCUAUGAAAGAAAGGCCUUGUUUAUACCCCUGUUUACUCUAGGUGAUUCUUGUUCCUUAUAAAAAUGACACGGUUGUUGACUCUUUGUUUGCCUAGUUAUAUUCAGUGUGAUAUAUAUUAGUAGGUUUCUUAGAGGAUACCAUAGAGACUUUGCUACUCCAAGUUGUUGUCAAUGUGGAAGUAGAUGUCAAUGUGGGUAAUGACUUAAUACUUUCUUGUUUAUCAUGUUCUAAUUGGAAAGAAAAUGAACUAGUUUUUGUUGUAUUCAUGGGUUCUCUUCUAUUUGACCUUCUAAGUUGUUUUUUCGACUCAUUGCUGCCUUUGUUUUUAACUGGAUGGGGGUUCACUAUGGUCCAUAAAAUACUUACUAAUAGCCUCAGUUGGUUGAAUAAGAAAUCACCUUAGCGUAACGCUUUUUUAAAGGUAAAACGUGGGCUAAACGCUUCCACUUGAAGGUAAGAUGUGAUAAUGUAGUUUGUGGAUACCUUAUUUGUGACAUGUAUAAGUAGGUUCUUAAAGGAUUUUGUAGAGACUUUGCUGCUCCAACUUGCCGUCAAAGUGGGAAUGUCUUGUAUCUUUCUUGUUUAUUAUGUUAAGAUUGGAAUGACUAUGUCCUGCUCCCGAGGCUUUGGUCUUGUGAUAGGAACAUAAAUUGUGAUGUGCAGGUUAGACGCACAUCAUGGGUUCUAUUCGAACUCCGACGCAUACAAAAGUUUGGUAUUUAAGCCCGGAAGCUUAGAGGGGCAGACCCAUUAUGUAUCGAGUUUCAAACCGUGUUGCCACAAGUUUUCAGAAUUUCAAAACAGCUAUGUGCUCCUACUGAAAUUCUGGAUAGAAAAGUAAUCAGUUUCUUGCACAAUCGUGGAGAACUCUAGAAGUAAAAGAUGGAUCGAUUAUAGUACAGUCAGUAAAGAGUAUUUAGACGGAGUAGAAAAUUUUCUGAACCACACCUUUCGUGAAAAAACAUAAUGGAGAAACAAUUUCAUGCCCAUGUACACAAUGUGUGCUAUUCUAUCAAGUAAAUCAGGCAAUGGCAUAUGAUCAUCUCGUGGUUCAUGGUAUUAUGCCUUCAUAUGAUAAUUGGUUUUGUCAUGGGGAGUCAUUCAAUGGAUCAACAAGUAUCGAAGAAAAUAACGACAGGCAAGAAGCUUUCAGGGCAAUGAUAUGAGAGGAAUGAUACAUGAUGCUUUUGGAAGCAUCACCCAUUUUUUGGAUGAUAACACCAGUGAAGGAGAGAUAGAGCCAAACUUAGAGGAGAAUAAUCCUCAUUCAUCGGGAAAUCAACCUCAUCCAGAGGUGGAUAAGUUUGAUCAACUCAUGAAAGAUGCAAAUGAAGAACUUUACCCUGGGUGCAAGAAAUUCAGUAGACUGUCAUUUUUGCUUCAACUUUACCGUAUAAAACUAUUAUUCAAAUGGUCAAAUGAGUCUUUUAAUGCUUUGCUUGGUUUAUUGAAGGAUGCAUUACCAGGGUGAGAAGUUGCUUCCUUCAUUUUAUGAGAGCAAGAAGUUAGUUGAGGGCUUGGGGUUAAAUUACAAAAAGAUCCAUGCUUGUCCCAACGAUUGCAUGCUUUUUAGGAAGGAAUUUUCUAAUAAGGAUGUCAAUAAUUGCUUAAUCUGUGGAGCUUCUAGAUGGAAAAAUAGUGGCAAAAAAAUUCCAGCCAAUGUCCUAAGACACUUUCCUCUAAAACCAAGACUCCAGAGAUUAUUCGUGUCUUCAAAAACAUCUAAAUUGAUGCGAUGGCAUCAUGAAGAACGGAAUAGAGAUGGAGUUCUAUGACAUCCUGCAGAUUCUGAAGCUUGGAAAGUUUUUGACACUAGACAUUUAGAAUUUGCUAAAGAUUCCUGCAAUGUUCUCCUAGGAUUAGCUAGGGAUGGCUUUAAUCCGUUUGGCACGAUGCGAAGUGUUUACAGUACAUGACCAGUGAUUUUGAUUCCAUAUAAUCUUCCACCAUGAUUGUGCAUGAAACAAGAGUUUUUCAUUUUGUCCUUGCUCAUUCCCGGGCAAAAAAGACUUGGAAAUAAUAUUGAUGUCUUUCUCGAACCUUUAAGAGAAGAGUUAAAUGAUUUGUGGGGUAUGGGGGUAGAAACCUAUGAUGCCUUUUCUAAGGAGACAUUUCAAUUGCAAGCUGCUCUCAUGUGGACCAUAAACGGUUUUCCAGCUUAUGGUUCUCUAUCAGGAUGGUGCACUAGUGGUCAAUUUGCAUGUCCUUGUUGCAACAUAAGCACUCAAUCUAAAAGGUUGAAACAUGGUAAAAAGUUUUGUUUCAUGGGCCAUCGACGUUUCUUGAAGCAAGGGCAUAAAUAUCGGAAUGAUGCAAAAUCAUUUGAUGGAACUAAAGAAUUAAGACCUGCACCUUCUCCAAUAUCCGGGUCACAAGUUCUAAAGCAAGUUAGAGGCAUAAAGUUCACCCUCGGCCAGUUGAGUGAAAAGGCAAACGGGGUGACGAAAAAUACGUGGAAAAAGAAAAGUACUUUUUUCAAUCUUUCUUAUUGGGAGUAUAAUUUGGUGCGUCAUAACCUUGAUGUGAUGCAUAUAGAAAAGAACAUAUGCGAUAACCUGAUUUAUACAUUAUUGGGCCUUGGUAAAAAAUCAAAAGACAACUUAGAAGCUCGGUUGGACUUGAAGGAGAUGAAUAUAAGACCAAGCUUAUGGCCUCAAAGACGAGCUAGUGGGAGGACAUAUCUUCUUCCUACUUAUUUCACAAUGUCGCCGAAGGAAAAGAGGUUAUUCUAUGAAGUAUUAGAAAAUGUUAAGUUUCCACAUGGCUAUGCAUCUAAUAUCUCACGUUGCAUUUGCAAACGAAACUUAUCAGGACUAAAAACUCAUGAUUGCAAUGUUAUAGUGCAAGAACUUCUUCCUAUUGCCUUACGGAGAUCGACAGAUAGAAAAAAGCACAGUCAAGCAAAUAGAAUCAGUAGGGCUAAGCAAAAGAUGCCUCACACAGGAGGAUCCAAAAGCAUAGCAACCCUGAUGAAUGAAAAGGCUAUAGAUGGAAUAGAGCCUACACGUGCAGAAGUUUACAUAUUGACACAUACAAAGCGUAAGGAUGGUAGACCAUUGGAUGAGGAGUCUUCAAAUACAGUUGACAUGAUGCAAGAGAAUUUGAGUAACAACGAGACACCUUAUGAACAACCUCAUGGUAGUGUUGCUUGGGAAGGAGAUGUGUAUUCUCAAGUGUUGGGAAAUGAAAAAAGUGGCUAUGUUCGUGGUUUAGGACUUGGUCCAACACCUUCUCUAUUAUGGGGUAGUAAAUCUUCCUUACGAAAUGUUGUUGCUGAUGGUUUAUCAAAUGAAGCUGCACAUAAGUUGGAACAAGAGACAAAUGAGUUAAAGGAGUUGAACAAAAAACAAGAUGAACAAAUAAAUGAGUUGAUAAAAAAACAGAAUGAAGAAAUUGCUUUGAUGAAAAAAAAUCAAGAGAUGCUAGUUUCCGAAUUAUCAUGGAUGAGACAAGUCAUGUGGAAAUAUGCUCCUACUGGAUUAUAUGGACGUCAAAACAAUGGAAGCACUAGACAGGUUCCCGAUGCCAAUAGUGGCAAUGAACAAGGUUAUACUGGUCAAGUAGUUAGUGACAACAAGUUCUUUCUUCUCGCAAGAUUUCAAAUAACUCUACUAAAGAUCCUCCAGUUAUUGCAUAUGGUCGUGAUCUAAGCUGCCAUAGUUUCUCUAGGAAAAGAAAUAAUGGCUCAAUUUCCUUGUUUUUCCGUUGAAUGCAUUCUUAUUUUUUGGGGGUAACUUGAACACAUUCUUAUUAUUUUGAUAAUUCCUACUUUUUUUUUUUUUACCUCUAGAAGACAAGAAGUGGAUGUAUUGAGCUUGAUUGUUCUUGGUUUAAGUGAAUGACGUUGUUUUGACCGUCUA